GUUCACUGUCGCCUCUGAGCAUUGCUAUCCUUUCCCUCGUCGUUCGUGACUAGCUCUGGCCCUUCUCAAUGUCCACUACAUCCCCAACGGACGUGGCUUUGAGCCGCAUACCAACCGGUUCUGAGGCUACCGUGAACACCGAACCACAGAACACUGGAUUUCGCAAAGGCUCUGCAUUCUGGCUUUCCUUCACCGCCAUCCUCGUUUGCACCUUCGUUAGCGCACUUGAUCUCACCGCAAUCUCCACCGCCCUCCCGACCAUCACCGACUCCCUCGCAGGCGGAGACAAGUUCGUCUGGGUAGGAGCUGCCUACGGUCUUGCCAGUGCCGCUAUUCUACCCCUGUCCGGCCGCUUGGCAGAUGCCUUCGGCCGUCGUCCAGUCAUGCUCGCCUCCGUUGGGCUCUUCUUGGUCGGGAGCGCGGUGUCUGGAGCAGCACAAAAUAUGAACAUGCUCAUCGCUGGGAGGACGGUACAAGGGAUAGGCAGUGGAGGCAUCCUCAAUCUUUCGGAAAUUAUUGUGUCCGACCUCGUUCCACUAGCGGAGCGGGGAAUGUUUAUGGGAAUCUUCUCUGGUGUCUGGGCACUUGCUUCCGGUGUCGGUCCCCCAAUCGGUGGUGCUCUGUCCCAGGCGAACGCCUGGCGUUGGAUCUUCUAUCUCAAUCUACCACUCAUUGGGAUCGCAUUCUUCCUCGUGCUAUUCUUCCUCCGAGUUCGUACACCCCCGGGCUCUGUGCGUGAAAAGCUCGCGCGUCUGGACGUUGCCGGAAAUUUGAUCAUCAUAAUCGGCACGACACUUGCUCUCAUUGGGUUGACGUGGGGAGGCGUGGCGUACAAAUGGAGCGACGCGCACACACUAGCCACCCUCGUCAUUGGCUUCGUAUUCAUCGGCCUGUUCUUCGUCUACGAGUGGCUCGUGCCGAAGGAGGCCAGCAUUCCUUGGGACGUUGUCAGCAACAGGACAUCUGUAUCUGCGUAUCUCGGCACUUUCUUUCACGGCAUCACGUCCACAGCUGUAUUUUAUUACAUCCCUGUCUACUUCCAAGCAUGCAAGGGCGCAUCUCCCAUCCACUCUAGUGUCCAGACACUUCCUGUGACUCUCAUCAUUGCUCCCUUCGCCUUCAUCGCUGGUACAUCCGUCCAGCUCACUCAGAGGUAUCGGUGGGCAAACGUGACCGCCUGGUGCCUUCUAUUGAUCGGUUUCGGCCUGCUCUCGACGCUCAAGGCGGGCACCUCGACGGGCAAAUGGGUAGGAUACCAGAUCGUCGCUUCUGCUGGGCUCGGGCUUUUGUUCCCCGCGACGGUGUUCCCCGUCCUCGCGCCCCUGCCCGUAUCCAGAAACGCAUCGGCGCUCGCGUUCUUCUCCUUCGCGCGCACGUUUGCGCAGACGUGGGGAAUCACCAUCGGCUCUGCCAUCCUCCAGAACCAGCUCGACAAAACGCUUCCGCCGCAGUUCGAUGCACAGUUCCCUGCGGGCGUGCAGAUCGCGUACGCAGCGAUACCCGUUAUCGGAGGCCUGGCGGAGCCGCUGCGCUCGCAGGUGCGCGACGCGUUCGCGGCGAGCCUGAAGGUCGUGUGGCAGACGAUGAUUGGCAUCAGCGGUGUGGGCCUGCUGUCGGUUGGGUUGAUGAAGGAGGUGCCGAUGCAGGGGCAGGUGGACGAGACGUAUGGCCUCCAUCAUGAAACGAAGGUGCAAACGGAGUCGAUAGAUCCCGAGAAGCAGACUAGGGCAGAAGGGGGCGCUGCGGAGGUCGCACCUUGAACACGACACCGCGAUAGAGUGCGUGUGACUGAUGAUUAUGGCGUUCUGACACUUUAUGACUUGUAUACUAGUGAUACGACUAUACGCUAGAUCCAACCGGGCCUUUGCACCGGUGUAAUAGGGACACUGUACAUCAGUAAUUACAUCCUGCGUCGAUAGUAGGUCCGUGGAUAGUAGAGCGUCGAGUGCAGUGGACUGCUCGCAGCGUAGCUACAAUAUUCAAGCCUAUGGAUGGUGAGACAUCUGGUACUGCUCAAUUGUCGCGAUUAGUUUAUGGGCCCGAGCAACUGUACUGAUCAAGAGGAUGA